GCCUCAUUGCAGAGUGAUGCAGAGGGUACGAAGCCUCGCAGCUUGCUUCCACAGCCAGGGCAGCACAGAUAUAACACUCGCUCAAGUAUCCUUCCGGAACCUUCUGAGCCUGAGGCCGAGGACACGAGACCCAGCUCAAGCACGGCGCCAGGACAGCUCCGUCCACGGGCAGUGUACCAACAUGGUACUCCUUCAUCCCAAUCGGCUGGUCAAGGUGACAAGACAAGCUCCCGCUCUAUACGUCCACCUACUUCAGUGAGCAAGCUUGCUGAGCCUCAAAAGGUUGGACUAGGCCGGUCUCAAUCAUUACGGAAGCCAAUUGCUACAUCUCAGAUAGGCCAGUCCUCAGUACUGAGCGGCCACGCUCGUACACAGUCUACCAGUACUAUAUCGACCGGGAGACGGGAUCUUGCAAAGGCAACUACCGGCACAGAGCGUCCCAAAUCUAUUUCCACAGCACCAAGCCGUAUUACAAAGGCCAGCAAUGCCUCUGUAGAUACAGUACCUAGCACUUCCAGAAUAUCGGCAAGGACCACAGGACUAGGACGCACGGCGAGUGUCAGGACUAGGUCCGAUGCACCAGCUGCUGUUGCCGGUAGUGGUGUGACAUCCAAGUCUGAAGAAUCUUCUGUGAUCCAGCCAAAGCGGAAAGAGGCAGCUGCAGAUGAAACUAAGAAGACCAGUCGGCCCGCUUUCAGUACCCUUCAACAGCACUUCACACCACGCAAGACCGGCAAAGCCCCGACUGCGUCAUUCAUCAACCCCGCUCCUCAGCCUGUAUCCCAUUCACUUCCUCCCGAGAUAGCCAGUCUACAGUCCGACCUACUUCAACUCCAUCUCUUACAUCGGUCAUCUGCGGACGUGAGUCAGCGCUGGGAGCAGAGUGCAAAGCGUGUUUUGCACUCCAAGUUUGACGAGGUUGCUAGUUUGCAUCAGGUCAUGCUAGAAAAUGAACGCGCUGGUCAAGAACAGAGGAACCUCCAAUCCUUACUUGAAUGGAGCAAUGGUGGCUCGACGGCAGGUCUAGUCGAGCAUGUACAGAUUCUCUCAGAACCUCUUCAUGAGCUUCCAUCGCUGGUCGAGCCAGGCGGUCGUCUCCAGCGUCUCGUAGUAGAUUUUGAGCAAUGGAUUUCGUGGGUGCAAGAGAUACGGUCUGCCCGGGGAGGUCAUGCUAGUGGAAGCAAUGCCCUUGGAACGAUCGAAGGUCUCGGAGAUUCAUGGAAGGCGGAAACUGCAGCGCUGAUCCGGAAGUUAACCGUAUUCGCUAAUGAUUUAGAGAGGCUGGCGUUACCGACACCCGGAUCGAGCAUUGCAUCCAUGGUCGACGCAUGCACGACCAUUUUGCGUGGGAUCCUAGAUGAGCUGCAGAUAAUGCAGAAGAUUGAGACUGAAGUCGUUUCAAGGGAGAAGACUUGGGUGGAAGACCGUCUUCGGACCAUUGCGCGAGACGUCAGCAUGCAUGCAUCGGAUAGCGGAGGGGAGAUGACGGCUUGGAGAGAUUGA